UGCAACGCGGUGGCGGCGGCGGCGGCCCGGGCACAAGAUGGCGGCGGAGCGGCAGGGAGGCGGCGGCGGCGGCCGCGGCGGGGCGGGAGGCGGCGGCGCGGAGGACAACAAGGAGAACGAGAGGCCGGCCGGGCCGCAGGCCGGCAGCCUCGGCGACAGCCUGGGCCUGGAGAUCCUUCAGAUUGUGAAGGAGUCUCAGCAGCAGCAUGGUUUACGACAUGGAGACUUCCAGAGGUACAGGGGUUACUGCUCCCGAAGGCUAAGGCGGCUCCGAAAAACUCUCAACUUCAAGAUGGGAAACAGGCACAAGUUCACUGGGAAGAAGGUGACUGAAGAGAUUCUCUCAGACAACAGGUAUUUGCUAUUGAUUCUGAUGGAUGCAGAGAGAGCCUGGAGUUAUGCCAUGCAGCUGAAACAGGAAGCAAACACAGAGCCUCGCAAACGCUUUCACUUGCUCUCUCGUCUGCGCAAAGCUGUGAAGCACGCUGAGGAGCUGGAGCGACUGUGUGAAAGUAACAGAGUGGAUGCCAAAACAAAGCUGGAAGCUCAGGCAUACACGGCUUACCUCACAGGAAUGCUCCGCUUUGAACACCAGGAGUGGAAGGCAGCAAUGGAGGCUUUCAACAAAUGCAAGACCAUAUACGAAAAACUGGCCAACGCUUUCACAGAAGAGCAAGCUGUACUGUAUAACCAGCGUGUGGAAGAGAUCUCGCCCAACAUUCGCUACUGUGCCUAUAAUAUUGGUGACCAAUCUGCUAUGAAUGAGUUGAUGCAGAUGAGAUUGAGGUCUGGUGGCACUGAAGGCCUUCUUGCAGAAAAGCUGGAGGCGCUGAUUACCCAAACUCGAGCAAAGCAGGCAGCCACAAUGAGCGAGGUGGAGUGGAGAGGAAGAACUGUUCCAGUGAAGAUAGACAAAGUGAGGAUCUUCUUGCUGGGGCUGGCCGACAACGAAGCAGCGAUUGUUCAGGCAGAAAAUGAGGAGACAAAGGAACGUUUGUUUGAAUCUUUACUCAGUGAGUGUAGAGAUGCCAUUCAGGCUGUUCGGGAAGAUUUGAAACCGGACCAGAAGCAGCGGGAACACACUCUGGAAAAUGAUUCUGGGAAGGUGUCCAACAUCCAGUACUUACACAGUUAUUUGACUUACAUCAAGCUGUCAACAGCCAUCAAGCGCAACGAAAGCAUGGCAAAGUCUCUGCAGAAGGCACUGCUGCAGCAGCAGCGAUCAGAAGAGGAUGGCAAGCGCACACCACGGCCUCAGGACCUAAUCCGUCUUUACGAUAUCAUUUUGCAGAACCUCGUGGAACUGACACAGCUUCCUGGCCUAGAAGAGGACAAGAACUUCCAAAAAGAGAUUGGAUUGAAGACGCUUGUGUACAAAGCUUACAGGUGUUUCUUCAUUGCACAGUCCUACGUCCUGGUAAAAAAAUGGAGUGAAGCUCUUGUUUUGUAUGAGAGAGUGCUGAAAUAUGCCCGCGAAGUUCAGUCAGGAGCUGGAGCUUAUAAGAACAGCUUGAAGGAGCUGCCUGAUGUUCAGGACCUGAUCACUCAAGUCAAUGCAGAGAAAUACUCCUUGCAAGCGGCAGCUAUAUUAGAUGCAAAUGAUACUCAUGAGACUGAGUCUCCAUCUCAGGUCAAGGAUGGCAAGCCACUCUCGGAACGGUUUGAGACUUUCUGUCUGGAUCCUUCUCUUGUCAGCAAGCAAGUCAGCCUCGUGCACUUCCCGCCGGGCUUCCAGCCCAUUCCGUGCAAACCCUUGUUCUUUGACCUGGCCCUUAAUCAUGUUGCUUUCCCACCUCUGGAGGACAAGGUGGAGCAGAAGGCCAAGAGUGGCCUUACAGGAUAUAUAAAGGGCAUCUUUGGAUUCAAAAGUUAACCGGGACCCCCUGAGGAACAGCGGUUUUAUUCUGUAUUGAAGGAGAAGCUCCGAGAGGUUCUAGGACACGAAUAUCUGCACCUGAAACCGACAGAGGGAGGUUUUACCAUCUUCUUCCCUGUGUUCUGUGUAUAUGUCUGUGCACUUACGUUCUCUCCCAGUGUAUUAAAGACAAACAAUCUAUUCAGAAACAUACGUAUGCUAUAAAUAGCUGAAAAUAAUUUGGAGCACAGAGAAAUUCCAUUCUGCUUGGAGAAGUUGGAGCUCACGUUGUGACCAGCGGCCUGUUCGGGGCUGGUACAUGUCUCCUUACCAUGGACCGGGGCAAAAAGGCAUAACUUGAUUCCUCCCCCCACCCCUCACCCCCAUUAUUUGACACUAUAAUUUGGUAUUUUGGUCUAGAAAUCUGGGUGUGAUGGGGAAACAGGCAAAAGUUAGAUGCAGAACUAAACCAGCAAGGUGAGGCUGGCUACACAAAGGCUAUGAAACAGUAGCCAAGGGGGCUAACUUCCCUUCCCUUUUGACUCCCAGUCCUCGCUGGGAAGCAUAUGUAGUUAUGCAAAGAGAAGCCUCUGUGUUUUUUAAAAAUGUAACAUUCAGAAAUGACAAAAUAGAGCCUCCUGUCAAUAAGGAUGGCAAAUACGUUACCGAAUGUUAAUGGCUGCCCCAGUUGUGGUGGAGCAUAACCUCAAUUUGUACUCCGGGCCGAUAGGAUCCUUCUUUAUUGAUACACGUUCUGUUACACGCGUAAAUGCAGCGUAGAACCUAUUCCUACAAGGCUUUUCCUGGGAAACUAGCUUCAUGGGAGGCUUUAGAACUAGCUACUUGCUCCUCACGGGAAGUUGGGUCUCUGGGUGUUCCUUCCGUCUCUGAUCUAAACCUUGCCUGAAACAAGAUGGUCUUUUUCUGGAGCUCAUCUGUUGCUUUUUUCCUCAUCAUCACUCAGUAGAUACGCCUGAAAUGAGGAAUAAACAACAGGAGACCAGCAGGUUCUGGAGUGACAGGUCUUCUCUGCCGUGCCAGACAGCUUUUGUUGUUUGUUUAGGGUUUUUUUUUGUUCUUUAAUAAAGCACCCAGGUGCUGUGGUGGUAGGCACAUUCCAAAUGUGGGUAAUUUCGUCAUUUUGAUCACAUAAACAGGAAGAAAACCCCGCAGCACAUGGGCAGAACUGUUCCUCAGUGAAGCCGUGGGAAGUUUCCACCAGCAGUGUCUGGGUUUUCUCUCGGUCUGUAGCCGGAAGCUGAAAGAGCGGUUUGUUUGAGCUGCCCUAACUCUGCUGCACCGGGUGUCUUCACUUUGCGUUGCUUCGCCAUUUUUAGGCAUCGGAGUUAAUAGGGCUGGAAAGAGAAUUGUUUAAAAUGGUUGGAUUGUUGUGGGAAUUUUCCGCGCAAGGUGCGUGUCAGGUGGGUGGGGGGAAUUACCGAUUCCCAUUACAUGAAUAUGGCUGUUUGCUGCUUUGUUCCCAGUUGAUCUGACUUGUGAGUUCUCAAAGUACAAAGCAGCUUUCGAGAGUUCUCUGCGCUCAGAAAGAGGGAGGAGGAGGAGGAACUUGUUUGUGUUUCAUUUUUGCAACAGGGAGGUGAAAUGGGAAUUUCUGGUAUUCCGGCCAGUUCCACUUGCCUCUGGAUGCCAGGGGGGAUUUUAUAAGAGAAAGGGGAGUGUAGAGCUGAAAGAAACGUGGAAGACUUUAUUCAUCAGAUGACAAGUUCUUGGUCUCUUCCCCACAAAGCCUGUUCCCUUACGGACAAGGCAAGGUCACGCAGUGGCCGGCGCAGGCAUCAGCUGGUUGAUCUGCUUCGUGGUACCUCCUGUGUGCGUUUAUCUGAGCUUCUCUCCCCUUUUCAGCUUUUAUAUCAAAUCACUUUGAGAACUGUUCUGUUUGGUUUGCAAACCAAACUCCUUUCAGCUUUCCCUCCCAGCAGUCUACGUGGUGCCUGGAUUGAUUCCAGUGAAACUUGUACCGUGGCCACUUUCUAAUUGGUUACUGUGACAAAAAGCUAAGAGCAGUUGGCCUCUUUGUCAAACAUCUCUUGACAGAUAACUAAUUAUUUGAAUGCAGAUAAGAAAUCUGAAAACAAUAAAGUUUUAUUCCUGA